UACAAGAUGGCGGAGUCGGUGGGGAGGGAGAGGCGGAGGCGGGUCCGAACCGAAUAGCGCAAAGCCUAUUGAGGACUCCGAUCAAACCUCUCCAAGACAGGACAAAUGAGGAGCUAUGACGAGUGAAAACCACACAACAAUUAAGGCAGACUCAGCAUUGGUCAUGUCGCCCACCGGGUCCACGUCGCAGGCUGCUCCGUUAUCACCCUCGACUAGCAAACCCAUCCAAGAGCUGCCAGAUGAGCUGAUCCAGGCUGGAUGGUCAAAAUGUUGGAGUAAAAGGGAGAACCGGCCGUAUUACUUCAAUCGAUUCACUAACCAGUCGCUGUGGGAGAUGCCUGUCCUGGGGCAGCAUGAUGUCAUUUCAGAUCCUCUGGGAUUGAAUGCGGCUCCAGCCUCUGGUGAGGCGAAUGCAGAUGCAGGUCUAGGAAACGGGCAGCGUAAAAGACAUCCAUCAGAGGAUGCUUCUCAAGCGGGCCCUAACAGCUUCAAGAGGCCAAAGGUUGAGAUUCCAGCCACUCCAACUACUCCCACUGUCCCCAUUUCUCCCAGUACACCAGGAGUCAAACCUUGGGUUAACACCACCACAGAUGAGAAACAAGGCCAGGCCAGUGCACCUGCACCGGCACCAUACCGGCCCUCUGUGGUGUACUGGGACCUGGACAUUCAGACCAACGCUGUGAUUCGAGAGAGAGCCCCAGCAGACCACCUUCCUCCACACCCGGAGAUCGAGUUGCAAAGAGCUCAACUCACCACCAAACUCCGGCAGCACUACCAUGAGCUGUGCUCUCAGCGGGAGGGUAUCGAGCCCCCACGGGAAUCCUUCAACCGCUGGCUUCUGGAGAGGAAAGUGGUGGAUAAAGGUCUGGAUCCUCUCCUGCCCAGUGAAUGUGACCCAGUCAUCUCCCCGUCCAUGUUUAGAGAGAUCAUGAAUGAUAUCCCCAUCAGACUCUCUCGCAUCAAAUAUAAAGAAGAAGCCAGAAAACUCCUGUUCAAAUAUGCAGAGGCGGCCAAGAAAAUGAUCGACUCCAGAAAUGCAACUCCAGACAGUCGGAAGGUGGUGAAGUGGAACGUGGAGGACACGAUGAACUGGCUGAGACGAGACCAUUCUGCCAGCAAGGAGGACUACAUGGAUCGACUCGAGCAUUUACGGAAGCAGUGCGGCCCUCAUGUGGCAUCGGUGGCGAAGGACUCUGUCGAAGGCAUCUGUUCAAAAAUCUAUCACAUUUCUGCAGAAUAUGUGCGCAGGAUUCGACAAGCUCACCUUACGCUACUUAAAGAGUGCAACAUCUCAGUGGAUGGCACGGAGUCAGCGGAGGUCCAAGACCGCUUGGUUUAUUGUUAUCCGGUCCGACUGUCCAUUCCGGCUCCUCCUCAAACCCGUGUAGAGCUGCACUUUGAGAACGACAUCGCUUGUCUUCGGUUUAAAGGAGAAAUGGUGAAGGUCAGCCGCGGUCAUUUCAACAAACUGGAACUCCUCUAUCGAUACAGCUGUAUUGAUGACCCAAGGUUUGAAAAGUUCCUUUCACGCGUGUGGUGCCUUAUCAAAAGAUACCAGGUGAUGUUUGGCUCUGGUGUGAACGAGGGGUCUGGUCUACAGGGGUCUCUUCCUGUUCCCGUCUUUGAGGCACUCAAUAAACAGUUCGGAGUGACAUUCGAGUGCUUCGCUUCUCCUCUAAACUGCUAUUUCAAGCAGUUCUGCUCGGCUUUUCCAGACAUUGAUGGCUUCUUUGGCUCUCGAGGGCCGUUUCUCAGCUUCUCUCCGGCCAGUGGCUCUUUUGAGGCGAACCCUCCUUUCUGUGAGGAGCUCAUGGAUGCCAUGGUGACACACUUUGAGGAUCUCCUGGGCCGCUCCAGCGAGCCUCUGUCCUUCAUCAUCUUUGUGCCGGAGUGGCGUGACCCGCCGACUCCUGCUCUGACGCGGAUGGAGGCCAGUCGCUUCCGCAGGCACCAGAUGACUGUUCCCGCCUUCGAGCACGAGUACCGCAGCGGCUCGCAGCAUAUCUGCAAAAGAGAAGAGAUGUACUACAAGGCCAUCCACGGAACGGCAGUCAUUUUCCUCCAAAACAAUGCUGGCUUUGCCAAAUGGGAGCCCACAACGGAGAGAAUCCAGGAGCUCCUGGCGGCGUAUAAAGUAUCCGGGCGUUCACUACCCUCGCCGGGUCCAUCUUCCACCAAUACUGGAGAAAAAGACUCCAACCGGCCCAGGAGCGCUCAGCUCCGAGUCAAGAGAACAGCAGUCCUGUGGACAAGACUGCACAGGACACAACAAACAUUUAGACCGCAGCGCUGGCCGUGUGGACACCUGUAUGUAUGUAUGUUGAUCAGAAGAGUUUAUGAUUGUAUGAGAGGUUUAUUAUUGCGCUGUUGGGUUUUGAUGGGCAUGUAAAUGUUCACGUGAAAAGAUAGAAAGACCCAUAUUUGUUUACUUUCUUCCGCCUCUAUUAUUUAAUAUUAUUUGUCUUAGGUUAUAUUGAGCAUCAUAAUUGUUGGGUUUUAUAUCAGCGUAUAUUGAUAGUUUGGUCACCUUUUUUGUUUUGUAUUUGUCAAGUAUAUAUGAUUCUCUCUAUUUUUUGUUGGCCUUUUUAAGGGUGAGUCUCGCUGAAACUUGUCCUGUUUCACACUAAUAUCAAAAGAAAAAUAUUUAGCUUGAAGAAAAUUCGAUUUCUUUGUAGCUAUUACACUUUGUUUUCAAUAAUUAAGCAAGUUUUGCAUUUAUUCCCAUUCUUAGUGGUCAACUAUUUAGAUUUCCUAUACAGUAAUUUACUGUAUUACUGUUAAAGUAAUUAUACUUUCAGCUUAAAUAAUGCAAUGCAAUGGUAGUUUUAAUUCAACAGUAGUGCAUUUUAUUUUGCAUUGUAAAAAAAUGCAAAUAAACAACAACAAAUAUAUAGUCUCCCUAAAUUUGCAUGAUCAUUUCUGUUGAUUUUGUAGUGAAACAUGACAAACUUUAGUGCCAUUCACUCUUUAACUUUGUGCUUUUCUCACUGGCAGGACAAUGACGCUGUCAGAGUUGAUGCACAGAUGCUUGUAUAUUCUUCUUUUAGAUGUCAGAAGACGAUCGGCGAUCAGGCAGCUAUGUUUAACAGCCUUCAUCAUGACAUGCAUUAGCGCUUCUCGAAGCAUUAGUUAGUUCGUUUUUAUAUUCUGAGGUCACGUUUGAUUUCUUCAUGACAAAAUAUAUACUAUACGUACCAACAAAAAGGUCAGUAAACAAGCAGAAGAAUACAUAUUUAUAAUCUAUUUUCCACCCGGUCAUCCGUCUGCAGUGAAACCCAGUCCUUUUUGUUUCCUAAAAUAUUGUACAGAGACAAUAGCAGAUCUAAAAAAAAAAAAAAAGUUUAGGAUUUUAUCUUCUUUUCUGUACAGUACAUGCCUGUGUGAACCUUUAGUCCUAAUGUGGCAUUCUGGGUCACAUCAACUGUAGCAUCGAUAUCUAGCAAAAGUGGAAAAAAUGAACGUCAAUUUCUUAUUAGUUAUGAUAUGAAAGCAUUAAGUGUGAUGUUUUCUGAACAGAUCUCCUAAAUAUGGCGAGCGCCGCUCGUUUUUGUUUUCUCCAGUGAGUCUACCUCCUUGUUUCAAGCGUUUUACAAUUGAGAACGAAAACAUUUUGAAGCAAAUGAGUGGCUUUAGAAACCACAUUGGCGUCCGUUUUAGUAGAAUCAGCGGCUGUUGCCUUGAUUUCACCGUUUCGUGUAUGUGAAAAGUGCUUUAAAAGUUGACUUUUUAUCGUAAUCAGAGAAAUUUGUUUACAUAAUAUUGAGUUUAAAUAGUAUCACUGGGCAGCGUUUUGAAUGUACAUUUUAAAAAAGGAAAUAUAGAUCGAAUUUGGACGUUAAAUGUUGCAUUUAUUGACACUACAAUUGUUUUGUUGGUUUGUUUUUGCCAUGCUGACAUGCAUGUAGAAAUUCGUAUACUGUCAUUAAACCCAAUCACUUCCAUCUGGAUGUAUUCAUAGGUUUGCUUUGUUGAUUUUUAUCCACUGGACUACGCAGCCAAACAUAGGAAAUGGCUUUUAUAUUGAGUUUAAAAGCAUUCCGGUGGUCAUGUAACCCAGUUUGCCAUUUUAAAAAUCCAACAUAACUCUUGGUUUCAGCAUUGGGCACUUGUUGGAUUUCUUAAUCCCAGAGUGGAUCACCAGCAAAACUGUAGAUGUUGUACAGAACAUGGGUAUGAAGUUUGUUGUUUUCCUACACAGCUGUCGCGAGUUUAUUCGAGAGAAGAAAAAACUAAAACAAAAGAUGUCUUUUUCAGCGUUUUAUUUUUAAUUUAACUUUCGGGUUCUGAAUAACUGUUUAAAAUGAUAGGAUUUAUGAAAAUAGUUGUUUUAAACUAAACCAAAGUGUUAUUAAAAAGAGGAGGAAUUUAUCUUGUAUCUUUAAGUAGAAUCGUGUACGAUUGCAUUAGACAUGCAUAAAGUGUAACCAGCAAAAACAUCCAUUUAUCCAUAACUUUAUUUUUAUAAUUCUCUCUCGUUUCGUUUUUGUUUGUUCCUUGUUUUCUUACGAAACUGUUUGGGGUUUUUAUUUUGCAUGAUAUUUUUUUCAUUACAAAACUAUGAUAAAUUGUACAGAUCUGUAUUGUUGAAUUAGUUGUAAGCUUUGCCACACUAGGCUUUUAACCGAUUUGCAUUUAUCAGUCAUGUUGAUUGAUUUAUAUUGCGUUUGUGUCCUCUAAAAUGCCAUGAAUGUCUCUCCCCCCCCCCCCCCCCCCCCCUCCUGUAAUCUUAUUCUGAUAAAGACAAAGAUUCAGUGAAUGUAAAUAUGUCUGUGCUUAUAUGAUUUGUUUCUUCUACCUGUAUAUUAUCAGUGUUGUGGCAUUUCCCAUCACCUGAAGUGGUAUAAAGAUUUUCCUCUGAAUCAGAAAAGUAAAAUAUUGAAAUCAUGAA